AUGGCCACCGCUUCAGGAAGGAAUUUAUUGAAUGUUUUUGAUGGCCCUGAUACUUCCAUUUGGUUCUUUGAGGCCGAUGUCUUGUGGCUUAGGGCUUCAUGUCGUUAUGGCUGGCAGACUCUAAUUGUUUCAGAAAAAAAUAAAAUCUCUUCAGUCGUAUUGGGAUCAGUUGUUCACAACAUGGCCACCGCUUCAGUGGCAUUCAAGUCCAGGGAGGACCAUCGCAAACAGAUUGAGUUAGAGGAAGCACGUAAAGCUGGGCUUGCACCAGCUGAGGUGGAUGAAGAUGGUAAAGAAAUUAACCCUCACAUUCCCCAGUAUAUGUCAUCUGCACCUUGGUAUCUUAAUGCUGAGAGACCUAGUUUAAAACAUCAAAGGAAGUGGAAAUCCGAUCCCAAUUACACCAAAUCAUGGUAUGAUAGAGGUGCUAAAAUUUUCCAGGCUGACAAGUACAGGAAAGGUUUAUAUGAUCGAGCUGGUAGAAUUAUCAAGGGACAGGAGGCAGCACUUCCUAGAAGCAAGUAUGAGGAGGAUGUUUACAUUAACAACCACACUACUGUUUGGGGCUCAUGGUGGAGGGACCACCAAUGGGGCUAUAAGUGCUGCAAGCAGACCAUACGUAAUAGCUAUUGCACUGGUGCUGCUGGUAUAGAGGCUGCUGAGGCUGCAAGUGAUCUUAUGAAGGCUAAUAUUGCCCGUAAGGAGGCUGCUGCAGAGGAUCCUACACCUACAGAGGAGAAAAAGCUUGCUACAUGGGGAACUGAUGUCCCUGAUGAUAUAGUCCUGGAUGACAAGUUGCUAGCUGAGGCCCUCAAAAAGGAGGAUCAAAGGAAGAGAGAAGAGAAAGAUGAGAGGAAGCGUAAAUAUAAUGUCAGAUGGAAUGAUGAGGUUACGGCUGAGGAUAUGGAGGCAUACAGGAUGAAGAGAGUACACCAUGAUGAUCCAAUGAAAGACUUCCUGCACUGAACGUGCAGAGGGCAAAAGAAAUCUGUGCCUCCUUGCGAUAAGUCUGCAUAGGUCCUUACUGCAUCAUAUUUUUGGCAGAUGG